AUGUCUUUGGUCCCCAGUAGCACCUUUUACAUACACACCCCUGAAUGUACUUAAGGAUGGCACAGUUGUCAAUGUCUGUGGUGUUGUGAAGUUCUUUAAGCCUCCAUACCUAAGCAAGGGAACUGUAGGAACUACGAAGACCCUUCCAGUCAUUUAUAAUGUUGGAGACAUUGUUUGUUUCCGUGGGUUGAAGAUCCAAGUAUAUAAAAACAAACUUCAGGCAAUCAGCACCUAUGGUUUUGCAUCUUUGACGCUUGAGGGCGCCAUAGGGUCUCCUGUCACACUGCGCACUUCAGGCACAAGCUUUAACUUCACUGCUCAGGACUACAGUAUGGUAGAAGCCUUGCGGGCUUGGGCAUCCACGCACCUUUCAGCAUCUUCCACCUUACUGCAGCUUUCUGACGUCCAACCCAUGCAGUACUGUGACCUGAUCUGUCAGCUCCUGGGCAAAGCAGAAGUAGAUGGAGCAUCAUUUCUUCUAAAGGUAUGGGAUGGCACCAGGACGAAGUUUCCCUCUUGGAGAGUCUGCAUGCAAGACCUUGUUUUCGAAGGUGACUUAAGUCACAUUCUGCGGCUACAGAAUCUGGUGAUAGACGUUGUAGUUUAUGAUAAUCAUGUCCAAAUGGCAAAAUCCCUGAAGAUUGGAAGCUUCCUUAGAAUCUAUAGCCUCCAUACCAAACUUCAACCAGUUAAUUCAGAGUCCAUCACUUCACUGAUAAGGCUGGAGUUUCAUCUUCAUGGAGGGACCAGCUAUGGUCGAGGGAUCAGGGUCUUACCAGAAAGUAACCCUGAUGUAGAUCAGCUGAAAAGAGCUUUAGAAUCUGUAGAUUUGGCAGCCAUUCAGCCCUCAGAUAAUACCUGUCAAUCAGAAAAUGAGGACAACUGUUUAACACCUUCAAGCUCUGAAUCAGACUUGGUCUCACUGUACGAACUAGAAAGAUGUCAGCAACUCUGUGCUACAACACUUAUAGAUCACCAUUGUUUAGAGAAGACAUCACUGUGUGCCAUUUUGAAGCAAAGAGUUCCUCGACAAUAUCGAAUCCUAGCAAAACUGAGAUCAUAUGAACCCAAAAGACUUCUCCAGUCUGUUAAACUUCUUUGUCCUAAAUGCCAUUCAUUGCAAGAAGUUCCAUAUGAGGAAAAUGUGGAUAAAAUUUUGCAAGAUGCUGCAACUAAAGCCCCAGAGAGCAAGCUGCAAGGUACAUCGUUGUAUGACUCGGAAGUCUGGACCACUGAAGGUCAAGGAGGACGGCAGGUCGCUGUCCAUUUUGUGAAAAAUGAUGGCAUUCUCCCUCUCUCAAAUGAAUGUCUGAUUUUGAUAGAAGGAGGUCGGCUUUGUGAAAUCUCUAAAUUGUCAAGCGUGUUUCACAGUGUCAUCCCUGUGAGGUCUGGCCCUGAGGACCUGGAGCUCCUAGACCUUGCAGCACCAUUCCUCAUACGAGGAAAGAUGUGUCACUAUGGUUGUAAACAGUGUUCAAACUUGAAACCCAUACAAAACCUAAGUACUAUUUCUAAUAAAAGAAUAUGGAUUCCUUCCUCUGUGGCAGAAGUUCUAGGCAUUGUUCCUCUGCAGUAUGUGUUUGUUAUGACUUUCACUUUUGAUGAUGGGACAGGAGUAUUGGAUGCUUACCUCAAGGAUUCUGAGAAAUUUUUCCAGAUCCCAGCAUCAGAAGUCCUCACUGAUAACAACCUUCAGAGGAAUCUGGAAAAGAUCAUGAAUGUGAUUUGUCCUCCAGGAAUAAAAAUUGAUGCAUACCCGUGGCUGGAGUGCCUCAUCAAGUCCUACAGUGUCACAAGAGGAACGGAACAGCAAAUAUGUUACCAGAUAUUUGACACCAUGGUUGCAGAAGACAUCAUCUAGUGCUGCUGUUCAGUGCAGUGUGUAGGGGAUUUUACAGUCUUAGAAAAGGUUAUGACUGUGAUUCUCAGAACUCACUUUACUGAUGUUAAAUUAAUUACCAUUUUCACUAUAAUUUAAGUUCUUUUGUUCAGAAAGACAUUUCUUGUGAAUGUUAAAAUACCUUUUUGCUCACCAUGCCUAGGGUGACUGCUAGAAUUACAAAAUAAGGUCACACUUGGUGUGAAGGGACCAAAUCUUCAUUUCUUCUUUCAGUUCUUUGGGGGAGUUGUGUUGUUACUGGACAUUUACCACCAUGAGACACUUGAUUCUAUGCUCUCCACCCAACAUCCCCUAAUUAGUUUUCUUUUCCUGUCCUAAGUUUUAUACCAGCAGCAGUUGAUGUUAACGUGGGUGUAGAUAAGGACACAUUCUGUUCUUGAGUCUUUUGGCUUUCCUUGAUAAAACAGUGUGGCUACUUGUCUUUCAUCCUGUUCCAUUUUACUUUAUGUACAGAGGAAUUGCUUAGCCAGUCCUGGGGAAGGAAGUCUUCCUGUACCUUCACACAGUUAUCUGCUUAACUGAGUUUGACUUGAACAAGGGUUUGUCAGAGUGAGCUACAGUGUACUAAAGAGAAUAUUGUAGGAGGAGUGGCAGAAUUGUUUUAUUUGGUGCUUAUGUUGCCCAUUUUAGGAUGAGUCUAUCACUUUGAACCAGAUGGUGUAUUUGAUUUCCACUUCUCUCUGUAAAUAUUAGUAGUUAUUUCAUCCCAUAUCAGUUAAUGGGGUGAUGAGGUUUAAG